UAUUUGUGUAGAAUGGCAUCAAAUGAAGAUAAAUAUUCACUUCCAGUUGAACAAAAUAACUCCGAUCAAGGCAGUUCUGUCUCUACAGAUCUUCAGGAAGAGUAUGAAGAACUGCUUCGUUACACUAUAGUGACUCCAAAUAUUGAAUCCAGUGCUUCACAGCUAUCUCACCCUAAGGGAGAAGCACCAGACACUAGAAUUCCUGCUACAACUGAUAAUAUUCUUCACAGUCAAGCAGGAAACACCUCUGUAGUAAGAGAAACUGCAAUGGAAGGUGGAAAAGGAUGCGACUUACAUAUUUCAAGUCACUCAAAUGCAGAUGGGUCAUCACCAGUGUUAUCACCAAGGAAGCCUUCUCAGCCAGUCAUGGAUUUUUUCAGUUCACAUCUUUUAGGUGACUCUUCCUCACCAGCAACUACUUCUACCCAUACAGAUGCCCAUGAAAUAAUUAUGGGUGAUUGUUUUGUAUCUGAUGAAAACCUUCAGAGGAUGGAAAAUGUCCUUGAUCUCUGGAGUUCCGGUCUUAAGACAAACAUUAUAUCUGAACUAAGCAAAUGGAGACUUAAUUUUAUUGACUGGCACCGAAUGCAGAUGAAAAAAGAGAAGGAAAAACAUGCAGCACACAUAAAGCAACUGUGCAGCCAGAUCAGUGACUUAAAGGAGCUUCAGAAGACCUUUGAAAUUUCCAUUGGGAGGAAAGAUGAGGUCAUUUCCAGCUUGUCUCAUGCCAUAAGCAAACAAAAGGAAAGGAUAGAGCUGAUGCGAACAUUCUUCUACUGGCGGAUUGGCCAUGUCAAAUCCAGACAGGAUGUUUAUGAAGGUAAACUAGCGGACCAGUACUUCCAGAGAACCCUCCUGAAGAAAGUCUGGAAGGGCUGGCGCUCCGUCGUGCAGAGGCAGUGGAAGGAGGUGGUAGAGCGAGCUUGUCAGGCAAGAGCCGAAGAAGUUUGCAUCCAGAUUUCCAAUGAUUAUGAGGCCAAAGUUGCUAUGUUAUCAGGAGCUUUGGAAAAUGCGAAAGCUGAGAUUCAGAGAAUGCAACAAGAGAAAGAGCACUUUGAAGAUUCUAUGAAGAAAGCAUUCAUGAGGGGGGUGUGCGCAUUAAAUCUAGAAGCCAUGACUAUAUUUCAAAACAGAAAUGAUGCAGGGACCGACUUCACAAAUAAUAAAAAGGAGGAGUACGGCCCCGGUGUUCCCGGGAGAGAACACUCUGCGCACUUGGAGCCCGCGGCGUUCGGGCAGCUGCUGCCGUCCCCACCCGCAGGGCCGGCCGGGGCCGCCAGCGCCAGCGCAGCGCCCUCCGCCACCUCCGUCACCGUCACGUCCGUCGCGGCGUCCGCGCCGUCUGGGAGCGCCCUCGGGCCGGCGCCCCCCGCUGCGCCCGGAGAGGCGUAUGUGCCAAGAGUUGUGACUUCAGCACAGCAGAGAGCUGGAAGAACAAUUACUGCCCGCAUCACAGGGAGGUGUGAUUUUGCUUCAAAAAACAGGAUUAACAGCAGUUUAGCAAUAAUGGGGGUUUCUCCUCCCAUGAGCUCAGUUGUUGUGGAGAAACACCAUCCAGUCACAGUGCAAACCAUUCCUCAAGCAACUGCUGCAAAAUAUCCACGGGCCAUUCACCCCGAAAGCGGUACCUCAGCUUCCAGAUCUCUCGGAACCAGAUCGAGCCACACCCAGUCUCUCACAAGCAUUCAGUCUAUAAAAGUGGUUGAUUGAAGUGAUUACACUCACAGUGAGGUCUGUUAAGUCCUCUGGUUUUACCAAGGGUUGGAAGUCUUUAGUUUUUAACAUUUCCAUAUUGUGAGAACAUCCUAGGUAUAUCAUGUUCAUCUUAUCAGAAUUACAAGAGACUUUUUCAAGCUGUAACACCCUUUAUAACUAUAUGUAAAGAUUAUUUUAAUGUUAUUUUUUAUUUAAGCAAUUAAGUAAAAGUUUUUUAAAUUAAAAAAGAAACUAUUUUUAAUAUGUUCAGGUUGUCAUUGAUUAUAUCAUCAAAGUAUAGAAAUCCUGUUUCCUGUACAUUAUUUCUAAAAGGCAAGUUAUUCCAUUGUUACUAUGCUAUAAUUUACUCGAAAAUCUGAGAAGGAAUUUUACUUUAAGCAUUACUAAAAAUAAUAGAAACUAAGAUAUUUUUACAUUAAAAGCUAGAGACCAAGAACAAUAGUUGUGAUGUUUUUAUCACAGCUUUUUGUGAUUUAUUAUCUUCGUUUUUGUGUAACAAUGAAAAAUAAAGGGAAAUACUGAUGCC